UCCGCAAUUGUUAUUCUGCUCUCUUGUUAAGAAUAAAUCUCCAUCUACUUUGUUCUUUAAGAUAAAAGUAAGAGCAGAUCACAUCAUUUCUCAAAUUUGGUGACAACCAGAUUCCUUUAAAUCCUUUCUACAGACAAAAAUUUUCUUCUAAAUGCAAGCAGCAAGAGAUUAAUUAAUCAAGAGACGAAACGGGUUUGAUCAACCAUGGAAAAUUCCAAUACAAGCAGCCCAACAAACCCGAUUGAAGGUGAAGAGGAGAUAGAUGAAACUGAAAAUGAAGGCAAACCCAUGUAUGGGAACAGCUCAAGCAACAGCACUGUUGAAGAGAAUGGAAAGAAGGCCAGUUCUGGAUCUAUAAGACAGUACAAUAGAUCGAAAACGCCUCGCCUUCGAUGGACACCGGAGCUCCACCUUUGCUUUGUUCAUGCAGUUGAAAGACUAGGAGGACAAGAGAGAGCAACUCCAAAGUUGGUUCUUCAAUUGAUGAACAUUAAUGGCCUUAGCAUUGCUCAUGUCAAGAGCCAUCUUCAGAUGUACAGAAGCAAGAAGAUAGACGACCCUAAUCAAGUUAUUUUGGAGCAACAGCUUCUUCUUAAUGGUGGAGAUCAUCAUAUUUAUAACCUUCGUCAGCUUCCUAUGCUACAAACUUACAAUCAAACACCCAUUUCGAGUUUACGCUAUGGAGAUGCCAUUUGGAGUCACCGUGACAAUUCUGUUUAUGGUCCUCCUCACAAUGGAUCGAGCACUAUAACAAGAAAUAAAUUGUAUGGAUCAGCUUCUGAGAGGAUUUUUAGGAGCGAUAACAAGGGAUAUAUACAGGGUUAUGAUUUUCACAAGAAUAGGCAAGAGCCCUGCUGGAGAGCCCUUGAAAAUGAUCAGAAAGAACCAGAAAGAGUAUUCCCAAAUCAAAAUUUUUGGCAAAAUCAAGUUGGAAUAACCUUAUCAAACCCAAAUCUCAGUAGCAAAUUGCAAGAUAGGAAGCAUGAACGCACAAAUCAAUUUCAAACUUCUUUCCCUCAAAGUGAGAAGGCUCCGAUGGUAGAUCAAGGAGGUAGAAGCGCAUUGAAAAGAAAGCUUUCAGAGGUGAAUCUUGAUCUAAAUUUAUCUCUAAAAUCGACCUGUGAAGUCGAUGGGAGAAAUCAUACAAGUUCCAAGAAUGAUGUAGUUGAUAGUAGCUUAUCUCUGUCCUUAUUUUCUUCAUCCUCAAAGGAAAAUCACAGAAAGCAUGCAAGAAUGGAGACUAGUACUUUAGAUCUGACUUUGUGAAUGAGACAAUUCCUAAGUGAGAUUUUGAGUACUUUUCAAUGCUAUUAUGCACAGGUUAUUGUGAGGUAAUAUCUAUCCACUGCUUUGUCGUCUUCUUAUUCUUGAUCCGUAUGCACAGACAGAUGGGAUAAUUUAAUUUAGUCAAAUUGUUAUGAUCUAACCAAACAUCUAACAGUUUUCAAAUAUAAAAUCUUCACAUCGGGAAAGGGUUUAAAUUAAAGAGACAA